AUGAACCCAGCCAUGCCUCCCAUGGAUGUGGCCUCGUUCCAGCCUGAGUCAAUGCAAGCAUGGCUUUACUCUGGCACCUCCGGAGGUCUCGAGAAUAACCUGAACUUUAAUCCAUCUGCUCGUGCACCGCCUGCCCCGAAGGGCAACGAGGUUAUUGUGAAAGUCCUAUCUGCCGCCUUGAACCCAGUGGAUUACAAGUUCCCUGAAAUGGGCCUUGCAGCUCGUAUGCUCAUGACCAUGCCUGCGUCCCCGGGUAUGGACUUCUGCGGCCGUGUGGUGGCAACUGGGCCGCUUGCAAAGCAUUUCAAAGAAGACCAGCUGGUCCAUGGGUGUCCCGCACGACCAGUCCAGUUUGGCUCGCUUGGGGAGUAUCUCAUUAUAGGGGCAGACAGGAUUGGGCCUGUGCCGGACGGCGUCUCGGUCGAUCAUGCAGCAGCUCUCUCACUUGCCGGAUUGACUGCGUACCAAAGCUUAGAGGGACACGUGAAAGCCGGGGAGAAAGUCCUCAUUAAUGGAGCUUCUGGUGGAUGUGGAGUUUUUGCUGUUCAAAUUGCGAAGCAGCUGGGCUGUCACGUCACGACCAUAUGCUCCACUCGAAACGUUGAGUUGUGUUUGCGCAUGGGGGCAGACGAGGUGAUCGACUACACCGCGCAUAAAGACCUUGUUGCAAAACUACAAGAUCGAAAGGUGUCAUUUGAUUGUAUUGUUGAUAAUGUUGGCUUGCCUUCUGAAUUGUACUACCAGUCCCAUCAUUUCCUCAAAGAAGAUGGAGCAUUUGUGCAGGUCGGUGCGUCGACCCUGAUGACGUUCCUUGGAAGAAUGGGGUGGCCAUCUUUCCUUGGGGGUGGGCAAAGGAAAUUUGUGCCUGUGAUGACAAAAAUGGAUCACAGACAACUGGCACAGCUUGGAGAGUGGGUGUCUGAGGGCAAGAUUCAAAUCCAGCUCGACAGCGUCUUCGAGUUCCACGAGACACCCAAAGCCUUCGAAAGGCUUCGAUCAGGCCGUGCAAGAGGCAAGAUAGUCGUGCAUGUCAGUGAUCCCAACAACCAGAGCAUGGAAUCCUUCGGCAUUGGGCUUUGA